GCGUUGCGAACCGACAACAGCUCGAUACUCCUAGAACCAAAGAAGCAAAAAUGUCAGAUCGAGAUACAACAGCUAGCCAGCUCGCGGAAGCGGAGCAGAAUGAUGGUAGUGUUGCAGCUUCAUCAACAUCUGAGCAUGCAUCUCCCCACGAAUUCGAAAUUGCGAUCUGCUCCGCAAUGUAUCACACAAUCGGGGCUCAAGUUGCGGCGCUACAGCAUUUUCUCAC